AAUGAGCGAGCGCCAAUCGCCAGCGGGAGCAGUUCGGCGUUGGAGCUCAGUACCCCGCGAUCGCGCAGUUCAGAAUCGAAUAGAAGCGGAAAUCGAAACAAAGGCGCAAACAGCACGCGGCACGCGGAAAACGGGUCGGACAACAUAGCAAAACAAAACCCAAUUAAAAUCAGAUAUUAAUAGGAAAACCAAAGUACACAACAAUAAAAAGAGUCUGUCUAUGAACCAAAAAACCGAAGAAACUUAAAAAUACAAAAUGGCUGACGUGGAGGAAGUUCCCGAAAAAGUACCACGACUGGGGCUGCGACACCUGCAGGCCGGUCUCCUCUUCUAUGGACUGGCGGCCAACACAGUCCUCCAACUUAACGUAAGCGUGGCCGUGGUGGCGAUGACCAAUGGGACCUCAUCGAACGAUAGCGACCCGCCCCACUACAAUUGGUCGGAGGAAAAGAAAUCGUACAUCCUGUCGAGCUACUACUGGGGCUGCGCCCUGGCCCAAUUCCCCGCGGGCUAUCUGUGCAAGCGCUUCGGCUCCAAGGCGGUCCUGUUCUGGGGCACUCUGGGAUCAUCCCUGCUCAGUGCCCUUACAACCUACGGGGUUUAUGCAGCCGGCUGGAAGGCGUACUGCGCGAUUCGGCUGCUGCAGGGACUUUGCCAGGUGACAUGGCCCUGCAUCCACCAGCAUCUGGCUAACUGGUGUCCCACGGCGGAGCGAACGCGUCUGGGAGCGUUUGCCUACACGGGAUUCGAUUGCGGCAACGUUCUGGCCAUGUACGGCGCAGGGACGAUAGCCAGUUCCUCGCUGGGAUGGCCGGGCAUUAGCUACUCGGCAGCCGGGUUGGGUCUGGUUUGGUGUGUCCUCUGGCUGCUUCUUGGAGCCAAUAAGGCAAGCGAGGCCAGGUUCAUUGGCGAGGCGGAGAAAUCCUAUAUUGUGGGCGAUCUCCAGCGGUCGGAGAGGAAGGAGCCCAAGAAAAUGGAGAUCCCCUGGAAGGGCAUUUUCACCUCAGUCCCAGUCCUCGCCCUGCUCUGCGCUCGUUGUGCCGACAGCUGGGGCUUGACCACCAUGCAAACCGAGUUGCCUACCUACUUGAGCGGCGUCUUGAAGCUGGAUAUGAAAAGCAAUGCGAUCUACUCGGCCCUUCCCUUUCUACUCAUGUGGGUGAUGUGCUAUGUUUACCUGAUUAUUGCAGAUGUGCUGCUGCGAAAGAAGUGGAUGAGCUUGACAGCGUUGAGAAAGACCUACACGAGCAUUGCUCUCUGGGCACCGGCCACCAUAAUGCUGACGCUCGUUUUUGUGGGGGAAGGGCAGAAGUCCUUGGUCCUUGUGUUGGUAACUCUCAGUGUGGGCGUGAGCAGUGCAGCCACGAUUGGCAGCGAGCUGAAUACAAUUGAUUUAUCACCAAACCACGCCGGGAUCCUGGCCGGUCUCAUGAGCAGCUUCACCAAUCUGAUGGCUCUGCUGACGCCCCUCGUGGUGGGCGUUUUGGUAACGGACACCAGUCAGCGGAGCCAGUGGCAGGUGGUGUUUGGCCUGGCUGCCGGAGUUCUGUUUGCCGGAAAUGUGAUUUUCCUAGUUUGGGGCACUGCCGUAACACAGCCGUGGAACGAGUCCAAGGAAUCGAGGCUAGAACUAGAGCCGGAGGAGAAGCUUUUUCAGCACACCAAACUCGAGAUAGCAGCUGAUGGUUCUGAUGGUAACGGAAUAGGCUUAAGACUGAACUGUGCAAGCCCUUGAGAAAUAUAUUUAUAUUUUUAUUUCAAAA